GCGACGGAUAUACGUCACUGAACGAAGUGUUGAUGUUGUAGUUUUUUUCCCCUUUUUUUGCUUUGCUGACGAACCACAACCUGCUGACAGAGCUGAUUAUUAGUUUUCAGCUUUCAGUAUGGGUCGUAGCUAUAUUGUUGAAGAUGCUGUGGAGGGAUAUCUGUCCAAAAUAUGUUCACAGGUAGCAGAUCCAGUCACAGGUCUGCUUAUUGGACAGAGUUCGGUCCAAAGGGAUUUUGUUGUCAUGGCAACGAGGACACCCCAAAAGGAUGAGUCUGCUGAUGCUGAGAAAUCAGUGGACAAAGAGUGGGUGUCUGAGCACGCGCGACAGGUAUCCAGGAUGCUGCCUGGAGGCCUGUCUGUGUUGGGAGUUUUUAUAAUCAGUGAGAGCGAUGCCAAGGACACUCUAACCACACUCCGACAGUUGGUGUUUUCAGUGGAGGACCUGAUCUCCUCGGAGCAGCUCUGGAUGCCAGCUGAAGAUGAUGUAACAGACUGCGUCACGCUGCACGUCAACCCCAAAACCAGAAAAACUGUCUGCAGAACCUUUGACGUUAAAGAUCCCAAGAGUGUUGCCAAACCCGCAGACUGGAAGUACCAGUCAGGUGUGUGCUCUUCCUGGGCUACGGUGUCCUGUUGGCUGAGUAUAGACCUGGUGGUUCCGCUCACAGACAACACAACCUGCACAAGAAACAUGGAUGAUUAUCUUAAGGAGGAGUUGAAAGUUUGGGCACAGCAGGUCGAGAGAGGAGUUUGCCUCAUUGAUGGAAAGAAGCUGCCGGAGGAGUCAGAGAUCAAAACAGGACAGGCGAAGAAGAAUGUGAGACAGACCUACACAGCUCAGCUGCUCAUCACACCGAAUAAGCUGAUGGUACCAGAUGUGGUCCAGGGAUGCGGAGGCUGUGUGUCGAUCAGAGGAGCGAUCCACAGCAGAGCUUUCUUACAUAGCAACAAACCGAAAGCUAAACUGGCUGAGAAGCUGCUGAAAAGAGAUAUCGUUUCUACGGUGGCCACCAGAGUCCAGAUGCUGCUGGAGGACCUGCAGACACACAAUGAAGAGAACAAGGGCGGAAGACAGACGGAACAGUUCUUCCCCCCUCAUCGUGUCUUCUGCCCAGUGAAACCAACUAGCCCACUGAGUGUGUGUGACUACCAGUUUAGAGACGAGGGGUUGUCAGAAAUGACAGACAGGUUUAAGGAGAUGUUGGACAUUGACGCAGCUGAAGAAGACUUGGACGCCACACAGGAAAUGAUUGCUGAAGUCAUAGAGAGCGAGGCUUCAGCAGAAGCAUCGACGGAAACGGCUGAGCCGCUGGAUCCCGAGAGGAACAACUACAUUGGUGUUGCCAUGGCUACUGUUGUCGUUCUGCUGGCCUCAGCUGCAUCGAUGCUGUAUCUCAGUGACGUUUGAGGCAUAAAAUGAACUACUAAUUAAGUGUUAAACACUUCUGCAAAAUGUCUGACUAAAUCAGUAAAAGAGUUUCAAAUAAGGGGUUUCCUAAAGGACUUAGUGACUCUACCCAGCAGUAACCAGGCAGUCAGACCUUAAUUAAUGUGUUUAACAGUUUUUGUCAAAUGUUUUUUGGCAAUACAUGACACGUUGAAUAAUGUUGACAAGCUAUCAAAGAAACAUGCCUUAAGAAUCACCUAAACAGAAAAUCUACCAUUAGGAUCAUAUUUGGGAACAAAUGUGUUGUUUGGUAUAAAAUAUUUCAAAACAAGCCACAUUUUGAGUUGUAUGGUAUGGUAUAAUGAGUGUUUUUGUCUUCUCAAAGGGUAUUAAAUAAGACUAAAUAUUAA